AUGGAAAUCGCCGAAACGCACCUUGUCACCGGCGGCAGCGGCUUCAUCGCACAACACCUCGUCAACGAACUUCUAUCGCAGGGUAUCCGCGUAAACGCGACAGUACGCAGCCUCCGAAAUGCCAAAAAGGUAGUCUCCCUCAAUGCUCUUCAAGAAAAGCAUGAAGGGCGCUUGCAGCUUUUCGAGGCCGACCUCCUCAAGCCUGGCUCUUUCGAGGAGGCGAUGCAGGGGUGCUCGGUGGUCCAUCAUGUUGCAUCACCGUUCAUGAUGGCGGAGAUGAUCAAGGACGGCCAGAAGGAAUGUGUCGAACCGGCUUUGGAAGGUACUCGAAAUGUGCUCGCCAGCGUCAAAGAGACAACGUCAGUAAAACGUGUUGUUCUAACAUCUACAAUCGGUGCCAUAUUUGGAGACUACGAGGACGUCAACGACAAGAUGGGAGGCACGUUAUCCGAAAAGUACUUCAACGAGACCAGCACCGUAACGCACAACCCGUACCACUACUCCAAAGUACUCGCAGAAAAGGAAGCCUGGGAAAUUGCCAAAGAAGAAAGCCGAUGGGAUCUUGUCGUGGUUUGCCCAGGACUAGUCCUUGGACCACCAUUGUCUGCCGCAUCGGACUCAGGCAGCUUGUUUCUGAUCGACGAGCUUCUCAGUGGCAAGCUGUUCUUCGGCGUGCCUAACCUCAAUUUUGCGACAGUCGACGUGCGUGAGGUUGUCAUGGCACAUAUCAAAGUUGCCUCAACACCCACAGCAAGCGGUCGAUACAUCGUGGCGUCACGAGACAUGACCCAUUUCUUGGAGAUAUCAAAGCUGUUCCGGAGUCUCAGUAAAUCAAUGCUCAUUCCAGACCACCUUCUGCCUGACUUUCUAGUUCGAGUAAUAGGACCCUUGUUUGGGUUAACGAGGAAGUGGAUAUCAAGAAACCUGGGUACCAAGUUCGCCGUGGAUAACAGUCGGAGUAUCAAGGAACUCGGAAUUAAGUAUCGACCUCUGGAGACUACUCUCAGGGAGCAUUACCAAGCAUGGAAAGGGUAG